AUGGCUGAUGAUGAUGAAAGUCCGCGAAUAUGGACCAUCGAAGAGGGUCAAGAAUACUUGCACGACUUGAUAAGACUUCUCCGUAAUCCGAAUGUUAGUGUUGACGAAACGGUCGAUACUGGACACAUCAACGAAACUGCCAAUCAUAUCCCUGUCCAAUUCCAGAAGGGAGAAUCUGUCACGAAAGCCAUGGUCUGUUGUAACAAUUUCGUCAACAAGGAGCAGCCAGGUAGCUUGUUCAUUUACGAUAGUUCUCUCUGUCUACGAGCUCACAGAGAGUCGCAAAACUCCGAUGACACCCAUCGCAUCUGGACCUUGUGCAGGGGCCUCAGAGUGACUCCAUUGUCACUGGCCUGCAGCACUCUGGUAGAAGACUUGCGAUGCGCUCAAGUCAGACAACAUAAUGAGCAUCGGAACAUCAUCAGCCUUGUCUUCUAUUGCGGUCGAGAACCACACCAACGCGGCGUCAGUACAGGACUGCUCAUGAUACGCUCUCUCUUGGCCCAGAUCUUCGCCUACAUCCGCGCAUUUAUAAUCGAGUACAAAGAUGUGAUAUCGGUUGGACACGAAUUCCGCGAGGAAGUUGAGACAGACGAUCUCGACCAACUAUGUGGAAUGCUCGACACAGUGAUCCGAACACUCCCUCCGGUGAAGGAUCAUCAGCAGCCAGAGCGAAGGAUUGUCUGUUUCAUUGAUGGUGUGGGUUCUCGCAGGGAUAUGGAGGAUUCUUCCGGAGUGACAAAGGUCAUACAGACCUUAAUGAAGAUGAUCCGUCUAAGUGACACUGGCGAUGAUUACGUACCGACAUUUCAACUGAUCUGCACGAGUCCUCGACUAAGCGACUGGGAUGAUGCACUCUUCCCAAAACAGUAUUUGCUUGAAACAGCUUUGUUAUCCGGGUUCCUCAGAGUCUUUCAGCGUUUCUUGAAUCCCAAGUGGGACGCAUCACUUGGGGUCAUGGGCCGAUCAUGCUUGAUCCCUAUUGGUGAUGUCUUCUCAAGAUUCUUAGUUGAGCCAGAAGAAUCUGCAAAUAGAGCGUUGCACUUCCCGGCAGUUGAGACAAUAUUGACGUCGAAUGAGAGGAUUUGUCGGGCAAUCGAUAAUGGGGUGUUGAUGGGCGGUAUCCUUGCCGGUAAUUUUGAUGAUGAUCCUGGCGAUAGUCCUAGCGGUUGA